CUCGGCAGUCAGAAAUCGUUGACGAGCUGCGUUCUCUUUUGGCUCAACGAGAGAAACUGCAUCAUGAGGAUGUGGAACGACACAGAAAUCACAACGAUCAAGUAACCCGAUCUCAUGCUGACGCAGUGCAACGGCUCAAGGAACGCUACGAGCAACAGCUGGCAGAAAAAACCAAAGAAAAUGAACGGGCGUUAGAAGAUGAGCGAAGUCGUCAUGAAGCUGAACUGGAUGCGAUGAGCAGACGUCACCAAA